AUGCCGGACAAGGUCGGCAUCUUCGUGGAGGCCGAUGUGGCUAACCCGAACGAGCCGGCAACGCACGCGAGCACCACCGCGGCUGCCAGCACAAAAACCGCGGACAAGGGCACCAAGAUGGUGCGGCGCCGCUGCGGCCGGCCGCGCAAGGUGGUCGUAUACUACUUUGACUCUGAUGCUGAGAAUGAUGAAGGGGUCGCGGAUGCGGUCGAGAACGACUCCAUCACCUCUCAAGGUGAGGAGUUAACGUCGCUCCGCCGCUGCGGACCCCAGAACUCGCCGGAGCACGAGUGCUGCUGCUCGCACUGCGGCCACCGGCGCGCGCCGGCGCAGAAGCGAAUUUCCCCCGAGAACCCGCGCAUCGGCUCACCGACGCCGCUCGGCUUCUUUGCCUUCGGUAUGACAACGCUUCUCUACAACGUGCACAACGCGAAUAUCUGCCGGCUGAACAUGGCCACGAUGGGCCUCAUCCUGAUCUUUGGCGGCCUGACCCAGUUCGUGUGUGGCUUCUUCGAGCUCAUCAACAGGAACACGCUCGGCUGCACCAUUUCUACGACGUACGGUGCGUUCUGGGGGGCAACGGCGGUUCUCUUUCUGUGGCCGGAGAGCAGCUACGUGGAAAGGGGCGAUAACAACUACAUGGGCGGCUUCUUUCUCCUGUGGUUCGUCUUCGCCAGCUCGCUGUUCGCCUCGUCCUUCCGCUCCCCCUUCACAUGCAUGGCGCUCCUAUUCCUCGUGCCGCUGAACUUCCUGCUGCAGAGCAUCGGCUUCUUCUUGAAUAGCAACACCGUCGCGCACGUCGCCGGGUACUUGGGCAUCAUCAUCGGGGCGUUGGCGACGUACCUUGGCAUGGCCUUCACCCUCCGUGAUGUGUACGGCCGCUCGAUGCUGCCUAUUCUGUUUCAGAAAAGGAUGCGCUACGUCGAGUGGUAG